AAAAUGCACUCCGAUGGAUUUGCGUUUGGAAUGGUUUUGGGAAUAGGAGGUGGAGUUGCAUUGACUGUCGGUGUUUCUAGUUUGGUUAGGAGAUUGACCUGUGAGAGGUCUCUUCAGCAAAAUGUACAGUCACCGUCUCUCGUUCAGUCUGUAAAUGGACUAGCCAAUGAGCUGAGGCAGCUGAGGAAUCUUGUAGCUACUUUAGAGAGACAAUUUGAGGCAUAUCUUGGUUUGUACGAAAGACAGCGUUCUGUAGCAAAUACGGAAAGAGCUGCCAUUACCAUUCCCACGUCUACACGUGACAAGAGUGGACACACACACGACACACAGAAUGCUAUAAACAGAACAACAGGUACAGGUGCUGAAGAGAGAGAUGAAGAGGAGAGUAGCAGUGAUGAUAACGAGUUUUAUGAGAUUCCUAGCGAGUUUCCUGCAAGUGAUCACCAAAAUGAGGACGAGGAAGAAGAGAUUAACGUGGAAGAUGAAGAAGCAAGAGAUACUCAGAAAUUGGAAUUGUUUCUUGAAGAAAUUGACCGGUUGAGUGAAGAUUGCACAGACUAUGAUGAAAGCCAAUGUAGAGCUUACACCCUGCUGAUGGAGAAAAGACAAGAAAUAUGUGACCAUCCUGCCCUUUUAUGGCGACAGGCAAGAGCUAAUUUUGGACUGUGUGAAGUGAAGAAGAAACAAGCAAAUACAAAACAAGAGAGAAAAGACUUGUUAUAUGAAGGAAUUGAAUUUGCUAAAACAGCUUUAGCCUUGGAUGAUUCAAUAUGGCAGACGCACAAAUGGUUGGCUAUUACUACAGGGUCGACUGCAGAGUUUGAAGGUACACAGAAGAAGAUUCAGAAUGGCUAUGUGUUCAAGGAGCACAUUGAUCGUGCACUAGAACUGAAAGGAGAUGAUCCUAACUUGUGGCAUUUGCUUGGUCGUUGGUGCUUUGAGGUGGCCUCACUCUCAUGGUGGGAGAAGAAAGGAGCAGCUGCCUUGUAUGCCACUCCACCAGAGUCAACAUACGAACAAUCACUAGAAGCAUUUCUCAAGGCUGAAGAGUUAAAGCCAAACUUUUGGAAAACAAAUCAGUUAUUUUUAUGCAAGUGUUAUACGAAGUUAGGAGACAAUGUCAAGGCUAAGGAAUGGUUGCUGAAAGCAAAUGACCUUGCUGUUGUUACACAAGAGGACACAGAAACACAACAGGAAGUGCAGAAGCUUUUGUCUACCUUCGAGCAUGAAUUAUGAAUAAAGAAUGUGAGUACCUUGUCAUGGCAACUGGUUACAGGUUUUAAUUAACCUACUGUUGCUCUGAUUGGAUACAUUUUUGACUGAUGACAGCAUUGUCAAACAUCUUGAUAUAAUUGAGCAGAAUUCCAAGUGCACUAGUGACACCAUAAUUACAUGUAAAUUGUCACUUCUUGUUUUCUGUAUUGAGUACAUCAUGAUGUUGACUAUAGUGAUACCCCAACUUAAUGCUUUCAAAAUGUUUUCUCAAUCAAAUUGUUCUAUUUUAAAUUCUAAAUCAAACAUGUAAUAUGGAU